CAUGAUCUGAUUAUGCCGUCUCGCUCUGUACACCUUACACUUGCGGUAAUGAAUGCAUUUCAGAGCUAAGUGCUCGUUGCUUUAAAACGAUUUGAAAGACGUUUACGCAUCGCAAAUGUUUGUUUUAAUCCAGCCUUGCGAGUUGUCGGAACGCGGGGGUGGAAACGUGGACGCUAUGCAGAGUGUUGUCAGCAGAGGGCAAUUGCGGGUUAAAGUGGCGCAAGAGCCGCAAACUGCCUGGGUGAGUAAGCUGUGGAGUGAGUGAGACGGUGUGAGGGAAACGUUUGGUACGAACAGCCUUUUCCCGACGCUCCAGCUUCUUCCCGGAUUGUAGGCUCAGGUGAAGGGGCGCCUCAGUGUAACAAGUCCACAGCGUCGCCGGUGAACUGCCAGACCUCGGCGCCCAAGGGUGGGACGGCACCUUCCAUAAACAACUGCAGCAGAAACCACACCAGUCGCAAGCUCACCGGGAGACAGCAUUACCUGAGCCAGAAGGAAUGCUUCGUUGAAGACUCUAGAACUACAACUCCAUCAUCCUCUACCUCAUAUUUAGUGUAAAAAAAAGUUGCUCAUCAUUGAGCUUGACCUUGUUUCCUGGGCUACAGUGACAUGGUACCAGCUUUAAAAGUGAAUACUCAAAUAUUAAGGAUUUUUUGUUGAUUGUUGCUGAUUAUUUCACCUCUCAUCCUCCACUCAUCGAAGUGACAUCUGUCAACGUGAUGACAACUGGCUCAGCAAUCUUCCUCUGGUUAAGUGCAUGGAUAUUGGGCUAUAUUUUGAUCUCUGGUGGUCAAGAGUGCAUGAGGGAGCCCAAACACUACAACUUUGAUGUCAAUUACAAACUGAGAAGUUUUAAUGUAGGACAGCCAAUCCAGAAUAUAGUGGUGUAUCCUAACCCUCCAGGGAUCUAUCUUGCAGUGCGGAACCGAGUAUACUCUCUAAGCUUUUCCCUCAAGAAGAAUUAUGAACUGCGGACUGGUCCAGUUGGCAGCCCAGACUGUGAGAUCUGUGAACUUUGUAAGACAAACUGGGAAGCAGGAGUUGGCAUGGAGAAUAAUGACAAUGUGGUUCUGAUGACCGAUCCUUUUGAUCCAUUGCUGUAUAUCUGUGGAACCUCUCAACAUGGUAUCUGUUACAGCCACAACAUCCAGACAAGAAAUAAUAAUGCUUGCCUAUUUAAGGAGAAAAAUAAUGAUGCUGAUUUAUGUCCUGACUGUAUAGUAAGCCCACUGGGUACUCAAGUGUUUGUUCAUGAAGAAGCAUUUUCCACGUAUUUGUUUAUUGGUGCCACAGUCAACAGCACGAUUGCAAGAAGCUAUAGUCCAAAAUCAGUGUCAAUAAAAAGACUGCUAGGAUCCCUGGAUGGUUUUGCAUUCACGCCCCAGGAUCAGUCUUUAACAGUGUUGGAUAAAUUCCUAGACUCGUAUUCCAUUGAUUAUAUUUAUUCCUUCCGCUCCGGUGAACAUAUCUACUUUCUAACAGUUCAGAAAGAAACAACAGAUUCAAAGAACUACCACACGAGAAUUGCACAGUUGAAGGCAGGGGAGUAUGAAGUUAAGAAUUAUCGUGAGCUUGUGCUGGAAUGUCAGUAUGAACCAAGACGGAGGAGAAGAACACCUGGGGAUGGGGACACCCUGUACAAUGUGUUACAGGCAGCUCAUUUGGCUAAAGCAGGUGCAGAUCUAGCCAAGGAGCUUGAUGUUUCUGAAGGAGAUGAUGUGCUGUAUGCUGUUUUUGUGGAGAGUGAGCCCAACAGCAAAACCUUGCGCAGGAAGUCAGCAUUCUGCACUUUUCCUGUUAAAACAAUUGCUGAAAUAAUUGGAAAUGGGAUGGCGACCUGUUGUCAGCCUGCAGAUGAAUCCCAGAAAAGGGGGCUGGAAUUCUACCAGGAGUUGGAGUACUGCCCUCAUAUUGAUGCAAAUAACUGUGCGAACAAGCCAACCAGAGUCUGGAAUGCUUUUAUCCGCAUGGACCGAUUUGACGGUGAUCUAGAUGAUACCAAACUGACGUCCAUCUUCGUGACCGUGAUAGAAAAUUUCACAGUUGCUCACCUCGGGACGUCAGAUGGAAGGAUUUUACAGGUGAUUGUUCAAAGAUCCUUUUAUCUACAUGCGAACUUCAGCCUGAGCAAAUCAGAUCCUGUUUCUCAAAAAGUCGCACAAUUGAACAACUCUUUGCUGUUUAUAACUGGAACACAGGUGACCCAAGUACCAAUCACUGGACCAGGCUGCCAUCACUUUCUCACCUGCUACAAAUGCCAGAUGGCACCUUCCUUUAUGAAGUGUGGCUGGUGUGAUGGACAAUGUACCUGGCGGGAGGAAUGCCUGAAAACAUGGAUGCCAGAUACUUGUUCACCUGCAGUUGUUGAGUUUUUUCCCAAAAGUGCUCCCGUCAAUGGAGAGACGGAGCUCACUCUGUGUGGCUGGGACUUCAAAUCUCCAAACGGCCCUGAUAUUACUGCAGCCUCCCACGUGGUGCGAGUCGGAAACCGUCCUUGUAGAGUGUUGCCUGAAAACAGCAAUGCAAAAAGGUUGGUGUGUAAACUGGAAGUUACUGGAGUGUACCAACCCAUUGGUUCAACCAAAAUCAGCAUCACGAUUCAAGAGACCAAGCGUAGUGGAGAGUUCUCCAUUGUUGGAUCCACAUCUAUUGCUGGAUUUGAAUUUGUGGAACCUGUUGUAACUCGCGUGGUACCAACAUAUGGCCCCCUGGCUGGUGGGACUUUGAUUACAUUGUUGGGGCAACAUCUGACAGCCGGCAAUACCCAGAAUGUGACCAUUGGAGGGAAGGAGUGCCGCAUACAGAGGCAAAAUAAUACUUUUAUCAAAUGCAUAACUCCAAAAAUGAAGACGUUGAUGGAGGAGUUUCCUGUGGUGACAAUGGACUCAACUAAUGUACCAGUCAAGGGCAAUUUCAAGUUCCAGUACCGGAAGAAUCCUGUCAUCGGUGACAUGUCCCCAUCGUGCAGCAUCAACAGGGGUAUCAAUGUCACAAUAAAUGGAACCAAUCUGAAUUCUGUGUAUCAGCCAAAGCUUGUAUUUACUGAUGAAAGUGGAAACAAGUUUGAAAAGACAUGCAGAGAGCCAGUAUCUAAUGACGUAAUGAUCUGCCAGACUCCUGAGAUCGAGGAACAGGAAGCUGAAGGGAAGCUUACUGUAAUCAUGGAUGGUGUAUUACCCAGAAAGGAAUUUGACAUAAAAUACAUGCAGAACUAUGAGGUUAUCCCCUUUGAAAAUGAGGAGAAGAUAUGCAAGCUAACAAAGGGUGAAGAUGAGAUUGAGUUACAUCAUGUUAUGCUGUUCAAUCUGAAAGAGUGCUUGAAUGUAACUCUUGUGGUGGGAGACACUGUCUGUGAUGCCAUAAUCCUCAUCCAUGAGAUCACCUGCAGAGUGCAAACGGAGCUGAUUCCCAGCGAAGGACUUCCAGUCAAGCUCUGGGUGAAUCACAUGGAGUACUUCAUUGGCUACGUCAUCUACGUUGAUGAAAGUAUCAACACAAUUGUGGGCAUUAUUAUCGGCACUAUAGUCUCCCUACUGGUGAUUGUGGUUUUCCUGGUCGUCGUUCUGGUCAUAUACAAGAAGAAAAGCAGAGAGCAUGCAGACUUAAUGAGCCGUUUAGAAGCUUCAGCAAACUUGAUAUCUCUCAAUACAGUACCACCUGUCCCCAGUGAUUAUAGAAACUCUCGUUACCCUCAGACCCCAACAUCUGGAUCAAGUGGGAUUAUAUUUCGGGGAGCUGGUUACAAGAACAACUCUGAUGGUGCAAUGGUUCCGCUGCUCAGUCCGAGAGAAAUUACUUCAGAGAACCUGCGGCCAGAGCUGCUGGAAGAAGUGAAAGAUGUUCUGAUCUCCAGUGAAUGCUUAGUUGCAUACAUGGACCAGGUGGUCGGCAAAGGGCAUUUUGGGAGCGUUUACCAUGGUCUGUACAGAGAUCAAACUAAAGAAAUUCAUUGUGCUGUGAAGUCAUUGAAUCGGAUUUCAGAUGUUGAAGAGGUGGAGCAGUUUUUAAAGGAAGGUAUUAUCAUGAAGGACUUCCACCAUGAAAAUGUCCUAUCCUUGUUGGGAAUUUUCCUUCCUAAGGAAGGGUUACCAUUAGUAGUAUUGCCAUAUAUGAAGCACGGAGACCUCAGGCAUUUUAUCCGCCAGGAAGAGCGAAAUCCUACAGUAAAAGAUUUAAUAGGCUUUGGCCUCCAGGUUGCCAAGGGAAUGGAGUACCUUGCCCAGAGGAAGUUUGUUCACCGAGAUUUAGCAGCGAGAAACUGCAUGCUGGAUGAGGCAUAUGUAGUGAAGGUGGCUGAUUUUGGGAUGGCACGUGAUGUUCUGGAUAAAGAAUAUUACAGCAUUCAGAACCAUCGAAAGGCCAAGUUACCAGUUAAGUGGAUGUCACUGGAGAGUCUACAGACCCAAAAAUUCACAAGCAAGUCUGAUGUGUGGUCUUUCGGAGUCUUGCUUUGGGAACUACUGACUCGAGGAGCACCACCCUACCCAGAGGUCGACCCGUACGACAUCACAAGAUACCUGCUAAAGGGGCGAAGGUUACCUCAGCCAGAAUACUGCCCAGAUGAGCUGUUUGAUAUCAUGCUGCGCUGCUGGGAUCCAAAGCCUGAACUGCGGCCGGUAUUUACUGAACUCAUCUGUGAAAUUGAAUCAGUUCAGUCCAAAUUGAAAGGAGAACACUAUAUCAACUUACAAGUAAAUUAUGUGAACUUGCAGAACAACCAGCCUUACCCUGCAGUGGACACUACUGAUGAUGAACUGGACAUGGAUUCAGAAUGAUUACGUUGUGCUGCACUUACGGGAAAUCUGUUUUGAACAUAUGACUUGAAUUUCUGAGGGUACUGCUUUUUUUUAAACUAAGGUACAAGAUGGAAUGGCAGAGCAGAUGUAAUGGGCUGAAUGGAUUUACUCUGCUCCAAUGUCUUAUGGUCUUACAACUCAGGCUUACUUCUUUCCUUCCUCUGCUAAAUGCUGUCGCCACCCCAGCCUACUCAGAACCAAACAAUGGCCAGUGGAGAUGCAGUCAGUUAUGGAUUCUGAAUUGUUAUAUUAAAGGGGAACGGCAACAGGUUUUGGCUGCACAACACAAUAUUGUCAAGAACUCUUGAGCAAGAGUGAGAUCCAGUGACUGGAGAUACUUGCCUCAGGGAUGAAAGACACUAAAGGCCUAUUGAUAAGACAGGUGAGGAAUGGAGCAAUGACAUCUCCAGUCAGCUGUGGAGUUUCUGCCCAAAAUAAAUGGAGCCAUUGAUUAAAGGCCAUUCUGCAAACACAGAGUGCUGUAAACAAAAAAGUGAGGUUUUUGUUCACUUUGCCCCCUCAUUAAUUUCCAGUGACUGUAUUUUAUUAACCAUUAAGCAAAUGCAACAAGCAAUGAAACCUCCACUAGGCACUGCUCUCUCAGUGGAGCAUUUCACAGUUAAGAUGCGUCAAGGUAAACAACAUUAUACUUCUGUUUCCGCAAUGAGCCACAAGGGACUUCCCUAUUCUGACGUGCCUAAUAAGCUACUUAUUAAUAAGGUAUAACAAAGAAAUCUGUAGGUUUUGCAGGUAAUGUGUCCUCCUGUUUGGCUAGAGUGAUUGGAUACACUGCAGUUCCUCACCAAAGCAACUGUGGUAACAGCCCCGAAACCUGGAAGGAUAAAGCAAAGAGAUACCACUGCAUGCUCGUUCCCUUCUAAGUCACGCUCACUAUCCUGAUUUUGGAAUGCAAUACCACCUCUGGGUCUGAAUCGUGGGGCCACUCUCCGUUGCCUGCCUGGAAUUAUUUCAUCAGAAGGAACACAAUGGUUCAUAGUCAUCUUCUCAAGCAUAAUGAAGUGCAGGAAAUUAAUGCUGGACAUGCUGCAUCCAGCCACCAUUGUACUUCAAACUGAAGUGGUAAAAAUGCUGCAUUAUGCUAUUUGACACCAUAGUCUUUUCCUUCUGCUUGUGACGGAAGAUUUAACCGUAGCUAAAUUCCCCCUGCUCUUUCACUCACUCACACGAGGCAUGAAUCUCACCUGUUCCCCUUUAUGAGCAUCCAAGGCAUCAGUGUAGGUUUGGAGUCAUUAGCAGCACCCUGCAUAUCUGUCUCCACAUUGAUCACGAGGGUUAAUUUGGCAGAAGGGGAGGUGCCCCUGCUCCUGGAACUCCAUGUGCACCCCUCCUGAAGCUCAACGUACACAGAGGAUAGCUCGUUCUGCUUAAGGUUUAUAAUGCAGCUAUUCCCCACUAGAAUAAACCUGCAAAUUCACAACUGUCGGCUCGAGGCCAUUUUGAUUCAGCCAGCUUUUGAGGUACAAAUGUUGUGGAGAUGGUGAUAAUAUACCCUAAUGUUAUUUUUUUCUCUCUAUCUCAACAAAGAGGAGAUAAAGUGGGUGUUAAUAGGUGUGUCUGAUAGAUUAUAGAGAAAUAAGUGGAGGGGUUCAAGUACUCUGAGAGUAGGCAGACGAACAAGCGAGUGCAUAUUGCUUUAUGUCAUCAGGAGAUGGGAAAUACCACUUCUAUCUAUUUUCAUGGUCUUGGGUAUCAACCUGGGACACAGCUGAGACCAGAAUCUGUGAACAUACAACCUGUUAUUCUUAAUUGAAAGCAGGUGAUUUUUAAAAUUUUAUUUUAAAGACACAAAUACAUGCAUUGUCUGUGGAGCUUAAUUUCUAAACAUAUUCCUACAGAUUCCUGACAUCUCCUGUUGACCAUCUGCCCUCCUGCUGGGGCAAUCAAAGUAACUGCUAAGAUGCAACUUGUUAGCCCACCAAUCAGUUCCUCAGUCUGAACACAGACCUUCUGAAAGAUAUGGCUGCAAAAUAAUAAUUCAAUCCUUCAUGGCUAUUCUGUGUGGUACUCCCAUUCUGCUUCUGGUUUCAACAACCCUAUCUCUCUUGAUCACUGCGUGAAAACAUGUUUCUGAAUAUCUGUAUUUAAACCUGUUUCUCAUUUUAUCUGGGAUGGGGGUAUAACAGAUGCUAUUUCAGUGGAUCGCAGCCCAUCAUGUUGGUAUGUUAUGUAGGGCUAGAUGUUAGUAUCCCUGACUGGCACUCCUGAGACAUGCUGCCUGGACUCUGUGGGGUGGCCAAGUGAGUGGUGGCAUCUUCUGGGUUAUCAAGCGGGUGCCCUCUUUCCUCAGUGUUUCGCCGAUAGGCCCACAAACCUCCGGAGUGUUCAACAGUGAAUCCUGGCGUCCCAGGCUCAGUAAGUAAAUAACUAGAGUCAAAAGUAUUUACAGUAAAAUUGGGAUAAUUGUACAAAUCCAUAUCAUGUCCAUUAGGGAAAGAAACCUAUCACCCUCAUUCUGACAGGUAUGUGCCUACAGAUUUGUGACAGGGUGGUCUGUAAAUGAUCUUCGAACAUUCACUCACUGGCCGUUUAUCAGGUACAGGAGUGGACCUGGUGUGGUCUUCUGCUGCUGUAGCCAUUCAUCAUGGCUGAUCCAUGUGAGGUCCAUGAAAAAAACAUCCAGUGAGGGGUAGUUCUGUGAGUGAAAAUGGCUUGUUCAUGAGAGGUCAGAGGAGAAUGGUCUGACUGGUUCAAACUGACAUGAAGGCAAAGGUAUCUGAAAUAAUCAUGUAAUAUGACAGUGGUGUGCAGAAGAACAUCUCUGAAUGCACAACAUGUUGAUCCUUGAAGUGGAUGGGCCACAGCAGCAGAACUGGAUUAACCUUUCUGAGGGGAGUUAAUUUUGUUACUCUUUCCCACAUUUUUCAAUAGGUAUACAGUGGAUUCUGCUUAAUUGGGACACAUCAGGACCAAUACACAAACACACUCAACAAACACUGCUUAAAAUCUGUUUGCUCUAAGCACAGUUUUGUGUCUAACAGCGCAGAUGACUGAGACACUAGUUACAAACUGUUCAGUAGCAUUCUUCUAUCCCAUACAGCUCAAAAUAAAAAAGGAAAUCUUAGCUAUUUUCUUAAUUUUUGUUCUUUAGGAGUUGUCCCAAAUAAGUGGCUGUCCCGAUUAACCAAUGGCCCAAUUGACUGGAAUCCACUGUAUUUUUGUGCCAGGAUUUAUGUUCUCAUUUAAUAAACAAACAAAGAAAAUCUCAUUGUGAUUCAAUCCCUCUCAGAGAUAUUCUGAAUUUUGUUUUGGAUAUUUGUGAAGUGUUGAUUUGCUAAUCAAGCCCAUUAGACUGCCUUUAGUAAAUCAAUCUAAAAGGAUACACUGAACCCCAGGUUGUUAUUUCAAAGACGUGCUGCUCUCUGCAGACCAAACUGGAUAAUGAUCUGCACUCGGUGUUAGAAAUAGAUAAGAGAAGAAGUAAUUUUUUAAAAUGUUUUUCAUGGGUUGCGGAAGUACAAAGUUAAGAGUGAAUGAGAAGUAAUUUAAGCUGUUCAGGUUGUAAAUGUAGAAGAGAAUUAUAUUUGGAAUUAAACCUAUCUUUAGCUAUAGAAUUAGUAAUCUAGUAAUCAAGGUGUACAAAUAGUAUAAAUUUCUAGUAAAAUAUGUACAGGCUGUUGUAAUGCAGCAUUUAUUUUUGUAUAUUUUUUGUAUUUUUAAAUUAUAAUAAUUUUUAAAUUGGUCUACUUGAACGUUUAAUGAACUUGUAUCAAAAUUCUUUAUCAGCUGUUUAACAGAGAGAAACUAAGCUAAAUUAACUAAGCCUGCAAUUCGGUUUAAGGUAGUGGAUAUUAGACAUGGUUUUAUGUAGAGACUGCAUUUAAGGCACUUGGAUUCUACUGAAAAAUACCUUUUUUUUUGGAUCCUAAAUAUUAUGCAUCCAAAAAGUAUUUUGAAUAAUUUCAAAGUUAAGUAACAAUUUCCUGUGCCAGUCUUUGUUAGAUUCUAAACUGAAUGUUUAUGAAAUCAUGUUGGCAGGAACAAAUAUUCCAUGACCUCAAAUAGCUGUCGCAAUGUUUGCCUUUUAUGAAGGGCAAGUACAAGUUUGGAUCAAAUGGUAAUAAUGUGAUUCCUGAGCCAGUCUCUGCAGAGUGUGGCUGAAACCAGAUUUUGCAGCCAAGACUGUGACCUGUGAAGAAAAUUAAAGAGUUUUGAAACAUACUAGAGCACUGAAUCUCUUCCUAAGUUUCAAAAUCUGAUUCCAAAUUCACCACUGUUGGUUCAGGGUUAUUUUGAUAACACUGGGUGUUGAGGUACUGAAGUUGUGAAGGUGUUGAUAAUACGCCCACAUUUUCCCCCUCUCUCUGCCUCAACAGGUAGCAGAUAAGGUGACAGGCAGGUGGAAGGGGAAAGGCUGAAAAUGCUCUGACAACUGGCAUACUUGAACAAGCCCAUGCUCUCCCUUUCUGUCAGAAGGAAAUGUGAAAUACCACUAUUAUCUGUUUUCGUGGACUUGCCGGUUUGGUUCUCAAUAGAAUACAGAGUAGAGAACAGCUGAAUCAUUCACUUGAGAGAUUAUUAAAGGAAAAAGGGAUAGAUAUAGGAAACACAUCAGAUUAAUAUGUGGAGAAUAGCACUUUAAUAUGUUUGUGGCAGCAUUGUUGUGAGGUGAUUGGACCAGCAGCAUGAGUCUGGCCUGUUCAUACAAUGACGUGAGUACAAGUCCUGCCAAGACAAAUGAGGAAUUUACUUUCAGUGUGUAUACAAAUCUGGGUUUAAAACUGAUUAAAGUAGUAGACACUUUGAAACAUAUGAUUCUAAAAACCUAUUUAGGGUGCCACGGUAUGUAGUGGUUAGAACCAUGCUCUGAGCGGAGUUCAGAGUUCAAUUCCGACAUCAUCUGUAAGGAGCUUGUAUAUUCUUCCUGUGUCUGCAUGAGUACAGGACAUAGUUUUCGAGAACCUAAAAAGCAGCUUUAAUUACACAGCAGCUGGUAGAUAUAUGGAACUAACUGCACGAGGAAGUGGUUGAGGAAGGUACAUUAGAUACAUUCUAAAGUAUGCGGAUGACAAGAGUUUAGGAGAAUAUCAGCCAUGUGUUAGGAAAUGGGAUUAGGUUAAAUAUAUAUCUUGGUUUGCAUGGAUACUUGUCGGCCAAAAGACCUCUUUUACUAUGCUGUACAACACUAUGAUUCUUAUCUAAUCUGCCUUGUCUUUGAAUAUAAGAACAUAAGAAAAGAGAGAGUUUAGGCCUUAAGCCUGCCCCACCAUUCAACAUCAUCAUGGAUGAUCUGCUGCAGGCUUCUUUUGGACCAUAGGACAUAGGAGCAGAAUUAGGCUAUUCAGCCCAUCGAGUCUGCCCCGCCAUUCCAUAAUGGCUGAUCCCAGAUCCUAUUCAACCCCAAAUACCUGCCCACCCACCAUAUCCCUUGAUGCCCCAACCAAACAGGAAUCUAUCAACUUCUGCUUUAAAUAUACCUGUAGACUUGGCCUCCGCCACAGUUUGUGGCAGAGCAUUCCACAGAUUCACCACUCUAGCUAAAAAAAAAUUCUUCCUUAUUUCUGUUCUGAAAGGUCACUCCCUAAUUUUUAAGGCUGUGUGCGUUCUAGUUCUGGAUACCCCCACCACAGGAAACAUCCUCUCCGCAUCCAUUUUAUCUAGUUGUUUCAACAUUUGGUAGGUUUCAAUGAGAUCCCCCCACACUCUUCUAAAUGCCAGUGAGUACAGACCCAAGGCUGUCAAAUGCUCCUCAUAUGUUAGCCCCUUCAUUCCUGGAAUUAUCCUCCUAAAACUCCAAUGACAAUAUAUCCUUUCUGAGAUAAGGGGCCCAAAACUGUUGACAGUACUCCCAAGUGUGGCCUGACUAGUGUCUUAUAAAGCUUCAGCAUUAUCUCCUUGUUUUUAUAUUCUAUUCCCCUUGAAAUAAAUGCCAGCAUUACAUUUGCCUUCCUUACCACAGACUCAACCAGUAAAUUAACCUUCUGGGAGUCUUGCACGAGAAUUCCUAAGUCUCUCAGCACCUCUAAUGUUUGAACCUUCUCCCUAUUUAGAUAAUAGUCUGCACGAUUGUUCCUUAUCAUACAUUUCCUGACACUGUAUUCCAUCUGCCACUUUUUUGCCCAUUCUUCCAAUUUGCUGCAAUCGUAAGACCAUAAGAUAUAGGAGCAGCGCCCAUCGAGCCUGCUCUGCCAUUCAAUCAUGGGCUGAUCCAAUUCUUCCAGUCAUCCCCAUUCCUCUGUGUUUUCCCUAUACCCAUUGAUGCCCUGGCUAAUCAAGAACCUAUCUAUCUCUGCCUUAAAUGCACCCAAUGACUUGGCCUCCACAGCCGCUCAUGGCAACAAAUUCCACAGAUUUACCACCCUCUGACUAAAGUAAUUUCCCCACAUCUCUGUUUUAAAUGGACGCUAUUCAAUCCUGAAUUCGUGCCCUUUUGUUCUGGAUUCCCCUACCAUGGGAAAUAAUUUCCGCAUUGCUUCCUCAGCACUAGCUGCCCCUCCACCUAUCUUCAUAUCCUCCACAAGCUUUGCCACAUAGCUAUCAAUUCUGCUAUCGGUCAUUGGCAAACGAAGUGAAAAGUAGCAAUCCUAAUACUAACCCCUGAAGAACACUACUAGUCACUGGCAGCCUACUAGAAAAGGCACCCUUUAUUCCCAGUCACUGCUUCCUACCUGUCAUCCAUUCUUCUAUCCAUGCCAGUAACACCAUGGGAUUUUAGCUUGUUAAGCGGCCUCAUGUGCGGCAUGUUAUCAAAUGCCUUCUGAAAAUAAUGAUAGAAAAAUGGAUGAUGGAAGUAUGAAGGACAAUGUUGGAAGGAAGGAUUAGAUUGAUCGUAGAGCAGGUUAGAAGGUCAGCAAAGGGCCAGUACUGUACUGUUUUAUGUUCUAUGCCUCCUUUGCUAAGUCUCCAUGACCCUCAAUUCCCUCAACUUUCAAAAAUAUAUCUAACUCCUCUUUAAUUUCGACCCCCCCCCAUGAAAUAGUCUCCACAAGCCUCCAAGAUAGAGUGUCACAGAGAUUUUGCAAUUCCCGCAUACCUCACUUUCAAGUGACUGCCCCAUCUUGAUGGGUCAUUCCAAACAUAAUUUUCCCAGACAAAGUAAUGAAUAAGCCUUCCUUUGUUUUACCACCUUGCUUGUUAAAGUAUGCAUUGUCUGUUUGGUCUACAUGUGAAUCAGGCAGUCCAGAUGAUUAGUACCAUGUUACCCUGUAGGCCCCUGUUGUUAUUCUGCAGCUCAUGUUGGUCUGCUGCAAUGCCUGUGGCAGUAGCUUUACCCAACAUAACGUGCAGUUGCCUCAGCAACCCAUAGUUGUUUCACAUAAAGUUUCCCAUCUCUAUAAAUAGCAUUCACUUUUGUGUUUUACAGCAGAAUGUCCUAAGACAAUAUAUACAACAUUUUAUUCGGAACCAUAGGAUGGGCAAAGGCAAGCUUGGAUACUGGAAACAAUAUUCAAGGAAGAGAGCGAGGCAAGGAGAUGUAGCUCUGGUGGCUUCAGGGGUGGUUGGCACUGGAAGAAUGAUGAAAUUGGAAAAUGCUGUUCCAGAAUCAGAUCAUUCAGAGUUAGACAAACUCAUUUCUGAAGAUGUUGGGAUUUUUGCUGGAAACAUACAAAAUGCAGGAGAAAUUCAGCAGGUCCGAUGGCAUCUAUGGAGAGGACUAAAGAGUCAAUGUUUCAGGCCCAGACCCUUCAAUGGGACUGCAAAGAGAAGUGGUCAGAUGCCAGAAUAAGAAGGUGGGAUGUGUGUGUAAGUCAGAGAAUUGUGAGGUGGAGGGAGACUGUAGAGACUGGAAGGGAUGGUUUGAAAGGCAUGUUCAGUAUGAAAGGGGUUGGGGGACACUGGGAUCAGAGGAGCCAUUCUGUCACAGGCCAUAAUAACGUAAUAUGCUGACUGUGGAAGAGCUGACAUAUAUCCUGCAUUUUGUUGGGCUUGUGCCAAGUGCAACAUUUAUAGAAUUAGUGAGGUUUGGAGCAACUCUGAUCCAGAGACAACUAUGUCAUUCCAUUAUGAGUGUGGGUGGAAUUUCCUUCUACAGUCAGGUUCGAACAGCACAAGUAACACUGCCACCUCGUGCUUCAUAAUUCUGAAAGGGUUUUGUAUAAAGCUUCCUGUGGGGAAGCCUUAGCAGCCAACGAUAAGGGUAGGAUCCAGUCCAUUUGAAUUAAAACCAGAGCUAUUAAGUCCAUUGUCAGCAAAAAAAAAAUCAUUAAAUAUUUUGAUUCUCACUGAACUCAAGUUGAAAACAAAUAAACAGGUCUUCAACAAGCUUGGCACAGUGGUAGGCUUGAAGAGAAAUCCACUUUGGGAGUUUUGGAAGAAAUUUUUGGUAGGGAAGAAGAGAUAUAGUCACCUUGGCUACAGACGUUCAUGGUGUAUAGUGCUGAGUUCAGAUAGAAUCCUUGUAGACGAUAGACAAUACUAGCAUCAACGUCUGUUUUCAGCAGAUGGUACUAGAUCUAGUUUGAGUAGCAUUAUAGAUAGAAGAAUUUUUGUAGCAUACAGUACUGUGCAAAGGUCUUGGGCACCCUAGCUCUAUGUAUAUUCCUAAGACCUUUACACAGUACUAUAUUUAUUGUUGUGGAGUGGAGAAGCGGGUUUUUACAUUUGGCAACAGUGGAGCAUUGUGGGAGGGGUGUAGGACAGGUGGCAGAGGAGCACCAGGGGUGGGGAGGGGGUGCUGUGAGUUCAGAUACACCCAGCCCUGAGACACUGGGCAAAGUCAUUUGAUUUCCAAACAAUUGGUUUAUUCAUCAUUACAAAUUGUCUCUCUGCUUCCUGCUCUCUCCCCUCCCCCAUUCGCUUUUCCCAACCAUGAUUCCCCUCUUCCUGCUCCCUUCCCAUUCCCCUCCUGCUCAGUUCACAAUAGAGACCCAUAUCUGAAUCAGGUUUAUCACCACUCACAUAUGUUAUGAAAUUUAUUUAUUUUUUGUGGCAGCAGUACAGUGCAAUACAUAAAAUUACUACAAUACUGUGCAAAAGUCUUAGGCACCCUAGCUAUAGAUAGAUUGAUAGAUACUGUAAUUUCCUUUGGGAUCAAUAAAGUGUCAUAGUAGCAUUACAAGUGCACAGAUUUAAAAAUGUUGGAAGAAAAGUUAGAAAGAAUAAAAAAUGUCACCUCUAACAGUCUAACAGAAGAGGGUCAUCACUUCCUUGGCUAUAGGUUGACUCAUUAUAGAGCCUAAUAGCCAAGGGUAAGAAUGACCUCAUGUAGCACUCUUUGGAGGAGCACAGUUGUCUUAGUCUAUUACUGAAAGUACUCCUCUGUUCAACCAAAGUGGUAUGCAAAGGGUGAGAAACAUUGUCCAGGAUUGCCAGAAUUUUCCAUAGCUUCCUUUGUUCUACCACAGCUUCCAGUGUGUCCAGUUUGACACCUACAUCAGAGCCAGCCUUUCUAGUCAGCACACCACCACAUAGAAGAUUGUACUGGUGACAACAGACUUGUAUAUAUAUAUAUACACCCCUAAAGCUUUUCCACAGUACUGUAGCUUUAUAAUGGUGGACGUUCUGUGUAAUGAGAAUGAUGCUGGCUACAAGCUAUGCUAUUUGCUAUUCCAAGGACGCUGGUGUGGUGAGCAACAAUCACAAGCAGAAGAGGCCUGAAGAAGUUAGGACAGUUUACUCCAGUGAAACAGAAAAGGAAUGGCAAAUAUGUGAGAGUGUUUAGGGAAAAUCGAAGAACACUGUUAAGACCUCUAAUGGAUGGCUCUAUUAAUGUGAUCUGAUUAUUAGCUACUGAUGUUCAUUUUAAUCUCUAUUAGUGACAGGUAACGUAGGAAACUUUAACCCAGACUUGUUUCAGGCUAACAAUUAAAAUUUAAUUGACAUGACCGGUUGAGAUUAUCAAGGGAGGCACAUAAUGAUUUUAGAAGAGAUACUGCUGCCGAACUGAUGAUGUCAGGUAAAUUGACAUCAAAAUUUAGGACAGUUCUAUUCCUCUUGGUGGAAACACCAUAUAACAUUAAAACAACCAAACUGUGCUUAUUCCUAAGUCAGACAACCCAAUAAUGUUACAACUGAAUCAGUAUCUUGAGGCCGAUUACCAUUGCUCAAGCUGUUUACAGAUGUUUUAGUUGGAGGAUUGGCAGAUGCAGUCAUCAUCAGAAACAGAACAGCGAACAGAAAGGAUUUUCAGUGGUGACUCUCAGUUACGUACAAAGUAUUGUAAUUUUUAUAAAGUUAUUUACCCAGGGCCAAGAGAAAUAUAAAAGUUAAUGCUAUGUCUUUUCUCAACCGUGCCAAGGUAUUUGAUUCUGAGAGUUUAUUAGGUUAUUACAAAUGCUUUUGGUCUAAUGGAUAUGCGUAGACAUCUUAUUGACCUAAUAUUCUAAUCCCAUCAUCAGGAUUAAAUUUAUCAGAGCAAAAAUAGACCUAUCACAAUAAGGAGAGGAGUGAAGAAGCAUAACCUGAUUUGUAUGUAAUACCAUUGUUGACAUUUAAUUAUAUUCAUGGGAUAGUGAGGGUUGCAGAGAUAUUUGGAUAGUCGGUAGAGUGCCUCAUACUGCCCUGGUUUUCAUGAGUCUUGUGAUUAUUUUUUUCGCAAGGAUAUGUAUAAAACUCUUAAAAUCAUGGAACCACUGCUCUUGAGACCUUGGGUCUUGAUACCAAUCUGAGCAAACAUAAUAAAAAAAAAAUGGCCAAUCAACAUUUAGGAUUGGAUUUCGUUGCUGGAGCUCAUUUGAGAAAUAUCUCGGAUCCCAUAUCGAACUGUCCGUAGGCUGCAUGGGUGAUGAUUGAAUAGGUAAGUCAAAUAGCUGUUCCCUGAAUUUUUGAAAAGACUGAACAUCAUGCAGGAGCUAGAAAUAUUCAGAGUUUUUACAAUACCUCAUUUUUAUUACCCAUUAAUUUUAAGACCUUAAGAUAUGGAGCAGAAUUAGGCCAUUUGGCCUAUCGAGUUUGCUUCAUCAUUAAGAAAGAAGCUUUGAAAUACUUUAGUCACAUUGGAUGAUAUUAGGAAUUCUGUUACGUUUUAAAACCUCCCUAGCUGUAUCAAUAAUGGCAUCAAUAUUAGACGGGUGGGGGAUGAGGAUCUUGGUUGUCUAACUUGGAGGUCCGCAUCUCCUUGCACUAAGUAGGAAGGUUAAGGAAUUUUUUCUGGUUUGUGAUGGCCCCUUGUUGAAUGGCGCCCAUAUCUGUUUAGAGGAUAAAGAAUCUAAAUUGCAUGGAGAGAGAUUUAGUUAAUGAAGAUUUGGAUGUUGAUGGAGCUGGAGAGGGUUUUGGUAGGAAUAUUAGUGAUGGGAAAAACAGGGAAUUUGUUACUUGUGCUGAUCUGCUGCACUGGGAAGGAUUUUAAAAGUGCCACAAGCCUGAGGAAUUUGGCAAAAGGUAUAUAAUCUGAUUUUAUUGAAUGUCUUGCUUUGAAGGACAAAUAUUUGCCCCAAAAAGGGUGAUCUUGCCUCUGGCCGGACUAAGCAUAGACAAGGUAUGUCAGUGCUGCUAGUAGGCCACUAAAACUCUGGGCCACUUUCCUAGGUGAUGUUGGUAUGAGAAGGAUCCCCUGAUUAGGAUCGAGACAUAUUAUGCUGCUCGAGCUUUUAUCUGGCAAGGCUUCUCAAGGUAGAUGGAUGUUUUUUUAGAAGUUCAUGCUUUUAAGACAAUGCUGGGAUUUUAGCAAGAAUAACUGUAGCAAUUAUGGAUGUCAUGGUACAAUUUGAAAAUAAUUCCUGUGGUAAAGCCUUUAUUGAAAUAGCAUCAAAAUAUUUGCAUCAGAAGAGACUGCAUUGUGUAGUCAGUGAGUUUCUUUAGAUUUGUGUUGGGUGUUUGGUGAAAGCAGUUCCCAGACAAGGAUUUUUGCUGAGGUUCUUGAGGGUCUGGACAUUCAAGGAUUUUCCUCCCACAUUUCAAGGAUUUGGCUUUAAGGAACUGCUGAUAUUUUAAAUUAUUUUACAGAGUUAAAAUUUGGUGGUGGUUCUUUUGGCAUUUUUUAAGUUGCCAAUUGUUUAAUGUAUCUUUUUAAAUGGUGUAGUAGAGCAUUUAUCCUUCCACUGCCUGAUAUCUAAUUAUCAGUGUUCAAUGUGGCUUUCCCAAAGUGAUCAAACUUAAAUUCACACAGAUACAGGCAUACAAAAUUAUGAGACAUAUAGAUAGGGUUAAUGCAGGCAGGCUCUUUGUACUGAGAUUGGGUGAAACUUCAGCUAGAGGUCAUAGGUUAAGGGUGAAAGGUGAAAUAUUUAAAGGGAACCUGAGGGGGAUCUUCUUCACUCAGAGGGUGGUGCAGGUGUUGAACGAGCUGUCAGCAGAAGUGGUAGAAGUGGAGUUGAUAUUAACUUUAAGAGAAAUCUAGGUAAGUAAAUGGAUGCAAGGGAUAUGGAGGAUUAUGGUCCAGAUGUUUCAAUGGGACUAGGCAGAAUAAUAGUUUGGCCUGGACUAGAUAGGCCAAAAGGCCUUUUUUCUGAGUUGUGGUGCUCUAUGACUGUAGAUCCUCUGGGCGAGUUAAUGAAAGUAAACAUGAAAAUGUUAAAAUUGAGAAUUUUCUUGGUUAGCAAGCACAGGAGUGAUAGGUGAAAGAGAACAGAUGUGAGUUAAGCAACAAACAAUCUGCUGGAGGAAUUCAGUUGGUUGAGUAGCCCCUGUAGGGGUAGGAAGGUGGGGGUGAUGGAUGAAUUGUCCGUGUUUCAGGUCAAAACCCUGCAUCAGGACCUGAGUCGUCACACUGAUGCUGCCCCACCUAUUGGGUUCUUCCAAAAGGCUGUUUGUAGCUCCAGAUGCCAACAUCUCUUGUGUCUCCUGAAAGUGAGUUAACCUCCUUUUGCCCUGUGACUUUACAAAAUCAACGUGCCCCUUCAAUUGGGGCUUCUUAUGGUGCUUUGAUUUCCUUGUUGGUGACCAUGUCUUUGUCAAUCCAAGGUCCUAAUGCCUGGAAACCCUUCCUCUGACUGAGCAUCCCUCCUCCACUGCACCUUGCUCCUAGAUAUUUUUCUGAAACCUCGUUCUUUUGUCAAGUUUUUCAUCACCAGAAGUAUAUUAAACUGUUAUUGUGCAUAAAAGAACUACAUGAAAUACAAGCAGAUAAUCUAAGAAUUAAACAGUCUGAUCCAAAAGUAGACUGGACUUGGCAUUAGUAAGGCAUUGAACAAAUUUGACACCCAGUCUCCAGCAAAGCCCACUGGGGCUUGGAAACAUCUGGGGUACCCUUCAUCAGGGCUGGUGAAGGAUUUCAGCCAGAAACUUUGACUGUUUAUUCCAUUCUAUAGAUGCUGUCUAACCUAUUGAGUUCUUCCAGCAUUGUGCAUGUUUCUCUGCAGUAUUUGAAGAUAUUUCCAUUUCUUUUAUAUCGAAAUUAAAUCCCAAUACUGUAUCUGGAAUGAAGGGCUCUGUAUACAACAGUAGAAGUAUAAAUCUGAAUAGGCAGCAAGAACAUCCUUUUUAGAGUAUGAAUUUAUGCAGGCAGAGAUCUUUUCCAGGGCUACUGAUUGAGGUGAAAAUGAUUUCUGCAUUUCAGAUAAGCCUAGAAUAAUGAAUGAAGGGGAAAAGCAUUGUGAAUAUUUACUCAUCUAGAAAUCAAGGUCUAAGAUUAGACCUGCUUCACUCUAAGAACCUUUAGGUGACUAUAAUACCCAUAAAGUGUAAGCUGUAUUCUAAUAAAGGAACAAUGAUUUCCAACGGAGCCCUGUUCAAACUAACAUAGGCAGGUCUGACAGAAUAGAAAAUGUCAAAUAGGAUACUGUUUUUUUGAUAAAGUUAUGUUAAACGUUUGAGUUACAAAAUAAAAAUGCUGGUGUUGGUGAAAUAAAUUUGCUUUAAUUCUUAACCUUAGACACAGGGGUAUUUGUGAUGACGUGUACAAUACAUACAGAGGUGUACCACUGUGUGGCAGUGCACUGAUUCUCAUCAAUGUGAUUGCAUGAUUUUUUUUAAGUUAUGUAUAUAUUUUCAUGAAUAAAAUGAGUUGUUUGAUAUUAAAGCUGCUGAUUUUUGAGUUGAUGUUCUGUGAAUUUUGUUUCAGACUUCGUAUGUUCAAAGUAAGAGACAUGGUUAUGAGUACAAUGUUCAAAGUAAAUUUAUUUUCAAAACAUAUAUAUA